AUGAUCGGAGGAGACGAAGCGGGGACGUUCACGCACGCGCCGGUGUCGUGCGCGCCGACGACGUUUCCGAGGAGCGCGUACGAGCUCGCCGAGGCGACGUCGCCGGCGUUCGCGGAGCUGUACGACGGAGUGUCGAGGGACGAUGGAUUCCUGAGGGAAACGCUGCGGGGGGCGAUUAAGAACGAUGCAUUCACGGCCGCGCUGUGGGACGUGUACGAACGGAGCGGCGGGCAAGAGGGGAGACAGAAGGCGGAGGUUGGCGUGUUGCGAAGCGAUUACAUGCUCGACGCGCCGAGCGGGUUGCCUUUGCAAGUCGAGGUGAACACGGUGAGCACGUCGUUCAUGGCGCUCGGAUCGAAGGUGAGCGCGAUGCAUAGACACUUAGCGGCGUGGUCGGCGAAACCUGGAGAAGUGGUGGAUUUCGACGCGAUGCCACAGAACGACGCGCUCUCGAGCGCGGGCGACGUCCUCGCGGCGGGAUGGAAAGCGAUGGGGAGUAAAGGGAAAAUCAUGAUGGUGGUUCAGCCGAACGAGCGUAAUAUGUUCGAUCAGCGGCACAUCUCGCAUUAUAUAUUCGAAACGCACGGAAUUCACACCGUCAGAGCGACUUUAGCCGAAGUAAACGCCGAGGGCGCGUUGCGCGACGGAACGCUCACGUUUCGAGGCGACGACAUCGGCUUGGUGUACUUUCGAGCCGGAUACACCCCGUCGGACUAUCCGACCAGUGGCGAAUGGUCAGCACGGUUGUUAAUCGAACAAUCGAACGCUUUGAAGAGCCCUUCGGUGGCAAUGCACUUGGCGGGAUCGAAGAAGGUGCAACAAAAGCUCGCAGAAGCGGGCGUGCUCGAAUCGUUCAUGCCGGAACGCGCCGCGGACAUGCGACGUGUCUUUGCAGAUUUGUAUUCCUUAGACGGCGACGAAGGCACCGAGGCGAUUAAACUCGCACUCGCGAAUCCAGCGGGCUACGUCUUAAAGCCUCAGCGUGAGGGUGGUGGAAAUAAUUUGUAUUCGGACGAUUUGCGCAAACGACUUGAACUCGGCGGAGACUUGGGCGCGUUCAUUCUCAUGCAACGCAUUCUCCCUCCAUCUCAUCAAACGCUCACCGUUCGCGCCGGUAAGGUGCUCGAAAUCGAAACACUGUCCGAGUUAGGUAUUUACGGUAGUUAUCUCCGCGUAGGCGACGAGAUCGUGAUCAAUAAACACGGUGGGAGUUUGCUCCGGACGAAGGCGGCGACUUCCGACGAAGGCGGCGUCGCGGCGGGGUACGCCGUCUUAGACUCUCCUCUUCUCGUUUAG